AUGUCAUCUGAAAUGGUGCCAGCAAUUGUUGAGACUUCUAAUGUUGAAAGAAAGCAAGACUUAAGUGAAGAUCAAGAGGAAAGUCAGAAGCUAAGAUUAGAUGAAAAGUUUGAACCAAUAUCUAAACGACAAAUGAAAAAGCUAAUAAAACAGAAACAAUGGGAAGAACAACGAGAACUCCGCAAACAAAAGAGGAAGGAAAAACGCAAGAGAAAACAAUUGGAGCGGCAGUGUCAACUGGAAUCAAACUCAGAUGGAAAUGAUAGAAAACGCAUUCGAAGAGAUGUUGUUCGCAGCACACUUCGCCUUAUCAUUGACUGUAGUUUUGACAGCUUGAUGGUAUUAAAGGAUAUUAAGAAACUUCAUAAACAGAUUCAACGAUGUUAUGCAGAAAAUCGACGAGCACUGCAUCCGGUGCAGUUUUACUUGACAAGCCAUGGGGGCCAAUUGAAAAAGAACAUGGAUGAAAAUGACAAAGGAUGGGUCAACUGGAAGGAUAUCCACAUUAAACCAGAACACUAUAUUGAAUUGAUAAAGAAAGAAGAUCUGAUUUAUCUUACAUCAGAUUCACCUAAUGUACUGAAGGAAUUAGAUGAAUCAAAGGCUUAUGUGAUUGGAGGAUUAGUAGAUCACAACCAUCAAAAGGGACUCACAUAUAAACAAGCAUCAGAUUAUGGAAUUGAUCAUGCACAGCUACCCCUUGGAAAUUUUGUGAAGAUGAAUAGUAGAAAAGUUUUGGCAGUUAAUCAUGUGUUUGAGAUUAUUCUGGAAUACCUGCAAACAAGAGACUGGCAAGAAGCAUUUUUUACUGUCUUACCUCAGAGGAAAGGAGCUGUUCCCACAGACAAAACCUGUGAAAGUUCUUUGCAUGACAAGACGUCUGCCAGGGUUGAAGGUGGAUUGGACAGUGAUUCCAGUGAGGAAGAAACUAGCAGAAAUGAAUUAGAUCCACCACAUGAAGAAGAAAAGCAGGAUAAAGAAAAUAGCACAGCCGAAGCCCGUUUGGCUCAGUGGUAG